AUGGCCCACGUCCACCCAAGCAGGAUGGGCCGCGUGCCCCACUCCGACUCAGCCAACACCGACCGCAACGCCGGCUCCACUUUUGUCCGAGGCCCACCACCCCAUCUGCAGCGCCAGGAGCGCGACUUUGGAAGCAGCCGCGACGUAGAUCGCGAGAGGCAGCUCAGGGAGCGGCUGCUCGAGUCAAAGAGGUCUAGGGACGACGGAGGCGACCGCAGCCGUGGCGGCGACGAUGACGGGCGAGAUCGACGAUUCUCCGACAGACGUGGCGACGGCGACGGCGACGGCUACGGCUACGACGGCAGCAGUCGAGGCCGGGAUCGGGACGACGAUGAUCGCGACCGAAGCUACAGGGAUCGCUCCCCUCGCGGCGAGGGCGGAAGGGCGCGCCGACCGUCGCCCAGCUACGACUCACACGACACCCAGCGCCGAGGCGACUACUCCCGGCCGCCACCGCCGCCACCGCGCUUCGACGGGCCGCCUCGCCCCUACGAAGACCGCUACGAGCCUCCUCGAAGGGACCAAGACGCUCGUGCUGGCAACAUGUACCCUCCGCGGAACGGCGGCCCCCUCGAAUCGGGUGGCCAGGAUGGCGGCGCCGGAGGAGGCUGGAGGAGGGGCCCUCCGCAAUUUGGCGACGCUACGGACGGAAGCUUUUUCGAGAGCCGCAAUCAGCAGCGGAAAGCAUCGACCCUGUCCAUCUGGCCGCCGUCGCCCAAGUCACCCCUGCCGGACUCGGAGGAUGAGCGCGAGAAGGAGAGGGAGCGGAAGCGAAAGAGCAAGGGCCGGUCGUCGAAGCACUCGUCCAGCCGGCACAAGCACAAGAGCAGCAGCAGCUCGCACCGAGACCGCGACCGCCACUCGAGCUCCCGCCGCCACCACAGCUCGAGGAGCAAGCACACCAGCAGCUCGUCCAAGAGGCGAAGGGACGACAGCGACGACGAGAGCGAGAGCGACAGGAGCGACGACUACGACGACGACGAAGACAGAAGGCACAAGAGCCGGAGCAGCAAGCACCACCGCCAUCGUCACCAUCGGUCUUCGCAUGACAGGGAGGAUCGACCUCGAUCCCGCUCCGACAGGCAUCGCAGCGAGGAUGCCAAGGAGGACCGAGAGAGGCGACGCAGCACUCGCAGCCGUUCGGCGCGGCCGCGCUCGAGGUCCGUUUCGUCGGACGAGUCGUCUUCAUCGGAUCGCUCAGCGCAUCGCCGCCACAGAUCGAGGAGCGCCUCGAAGCGGUCGCGCAGCCGAGGUGCCGACGGCAAGGAUAUCGACGACGAGCUGGACCGCUACGACGAAAAUCGGGACGAGUGGGAGCGCGGGCUGAAGCGGGCCAAGAAGGGCAAGGGCCGCGGCGGCGAUGGUCACGACGACGAAGACGACGAUGACGAGGAAGAGGUGGGACCGCAGCUCCCCGUCGCCGACGACGGCAAGCCCAUCGACCCGCGCGCGUACGGAGGCGCGCUGCGCCCGGGCGAAGGCUCGGCCAUGGCCGCCUUCCUGCAGGAGGGCAAGCGCAUCCCGCGGCGUGGUGAGAUUGGCCUGACGCCCGAGCAGAUUGAGGCCUACGAAAAGGCCGGCUUCGUCAUGAGCGGCAGCCGACACCGCAGGAUGAACGCGGUGCGCAUCCGCAAGGAGAACCAGGUCAUCAGCGCAGAGGAAAAGCGGAGCAUCCUCAAGAUGCAGGCCGAGGAAAAGGCCAAGAAAGAGGCGCAGAUCGUGGCCCAGUUCCGCGAGAUGGUCGACACCCUCACGCCCGGCGGGGCGCCCUGA